AUGGUAAGUAUUGAUGGCUUUUCAUGUAUUUUUAGAAUAAUUUAUGAUAAAUCUUGGCUUAAAUGUCAGUUUCAUGAUGCCGAUCAAACAUCGAUCAAGAAGCCUGAUGAGCUCGAAAUCAGCCAGAAGGAUUUUGCUCCGUUAUCAGCCAAUAGCGACAUGCCGUUGGAUCGUAUCCAAGGUUCACUGCUUGGUUUGACUAUCGGUGAUGCUCUUGGAGCUCAUGUUGAAUUCAGACCCAGCAGUUAUUUGGCUGCUAAUCCAGUUAAAGAUUUAGUAGGGGGAGGAACGUGGGGUCUAAAACGGGGACAGUUUACCGACGAUACUUCUAUGGCACUUUGUCUAGCUAAUUCAUUAAUUGCUUGUCAAGGUUUUGUUCCGUACGACCAAUUACUUCGCUACAAGUGGUGGUAUCGACACGGCUACAUGUCAUCGACUGGGCAUUGUUUUGACAUCGGUGCUGCCACCCGAGAGUCGAUCGAAGAAUUUGAAACACGUCAAAGAAAGUUUGCAUAUGAUCAUAACAUUCUGUUGGAAGAAAUGGACGCUUUAUCCAACUGUGAUCUUCUACAAGCAUUCGAUGUGUACUGUAGCAAGGAAGGUGUGGCUGGGAACGGAGCUCUCAUGCGUCUGGCACCUGUACCGCUCUUCUUCUGGCAACGUCCGGAAGUAGCUGUUGACUAUUCUGGCAUUAGUGGAAAAAUCACUCAUGGAGACAAAAGAGUUUAUGAUGCAUGCUGUUACUAUGGAGCCCUUAUUGUAGCUGCCCUUAAGGGAGCAACGAAAAAUCAAUUGACUAGUGAAACAUUUUACGAUGAGCAUCGGGAAUGGUUUGGUGAUGAAGACCUUCACACUGACAUAAUAGCCAUCGCUCGCGGUUCAUACAAGAAAUCAGGCGGCUAUCAAGAUGGAAUUCGAGGUAAAGGAUUCAUUGUGAAUGCUCUGGAAGCUGCUUUGUGGGCUUUUUGGAGUGAUAAAGAUUCCUUUGAAACAGGUGUACUUAAUGCAGUGAAUCUUGGUGAUGAUACAGAUACAACAGCAGCCAUCUAUGGUCAAUUGGCGGGUGCGUACUACGGCUACAAGAAACUGCCAAAAAAAUGGUCAGAUUGUAUCUAUGCCAAAGAUUUCAUUCUAUGUGUAAGCAGUUGGGUUACCUAUGAAGGAGAAAUAUGGUUCAAAAAUCAAAAAGUUCCUGGCAUAAGCACACUUAUAAAUUCUUUCGAUAACACUUUGCACAACUCGAGACCGGGUGACUCUAUCAAUUUGACAACACAACGCAUGCGCGCAAGCCUUGAAGCCACUUCAGGUCUAGACAUAGCGUUAGGCACAAUUGUACGCAAAGCUAUCGAUCCUAAUGGUCGUAUUGGAGAUUUUUAUGAUGGAUGGCAAGAUUGUGUUGUAAGUUCAGUUGGUAUAAAAUUGAACAUAAUGAAAGGCUACUCGAAUCCACCGAUAAAGUGUGAGAUAAAAAGUGGCGACAACCUUGAAAAUCAGAAUGUUCUUCGAUUCAUUGAUUUUUCUGCUGAUCUUCGAUUGAGUGUGUUAUCAAAUUUGGUUGAUUUAACAGGUAUUGCUUCGAUUGUUAACUAUCCAUUUGUAAUUGAUGAAUGCACUCGCAUCUUUCACUACUCUCAUCUCAUUCGAAAUCAAGCUUUCCCAGUCAAGCAAAAAAAUCAGAAAACGCGUUUAAACACUAUAAAAAUCGUGAACGUUUUCGGAUGCUAA